CACCCACCAAUACAAGAAGCAAGCAAGAAGCAAGACAAAAGCGAAGCGAACAACAGGCAGCAGCACAAAAAGAGCGAUGACGUCCACCUCAGCGACGACGCCGCAGACGACGAUGGUCGGCUUCUGCUGCCAGGCGUGCCGUGCCCCGUUGAAGCUGGAUGCAGACUUCUCAGAUGUCACCGCGGGCAGGAGGGAGACGUUUGCACGAGAGUUGUCCUCUGUCAAGGCACCAGCAGAGCCCACCGUUGGCGAUGCAGACGACGAAAACUUUACAGACAUUGUCGACGACAAGUACGUUCGACCAAACUUUGGCAACUUGGAUGACAACUCGUCACAGAACACCAAGGAGCAGCAGAACCAGUCUGCGAUGGCGCUAUUCGACUUUCUCUCCUCCCGAACAAACCUCGACCACCCGCUGUGCCAGGCGUGCACGGAUUCGCUGCUGGAUCAACUUGAUGACGAGCUGCAACACGCGCACAAGGAGAAGCAGGAUUACGAAGCGUUGUGGGAUGAGCUGUCGUCUCUGAAGGUCACGACCUCAGUUGAAGAAAUCGAGGCCGAGAUUGCAGAGCUUGAGAAGCAGGAGAAAGAGGCGUUGGCAGAGAUUGAAGAGCAGGAGAAGCAGCGAGCGGAGAUUGCGCAAAUGAAAGCGGCGCAGGAGGCGGAGCUGAAGGUCCUGGAGGAGGAGGAGGAAAAGUAUUGGCGGGAGUACAACGAUUACCAGCGACAGCUGAUUGAGUUUGAGGAGCGGCAGGACAGUGUUGAGCACCAGUACCACCAGGCGUCGCAGCACUUGGAGGCGCUCAAGAAGACAAACGUCUUCAACGACACGUUCCACAUCUGGUACGAUUCGCACUUUGGCACAAUCAACGGCUUUCGUCUCGGCCGCCUCCCGUCUGUUCCGGUGUCGUGGGGCGAGGUGAAUGCGGGCUGGGGCCACACUGUGCUGCUGCUCUACAUCAUGGCCCAACGCCUCGGCAUCACAUUCAAGGGGCGGCAGCUGCUGCCCAACGGGAGUUCAUCGCGGAUUCGCGUCGAGCGGUCGGAUACGGAGCCCGCAGAGGACCUCCCACUCUUCGGAUCAGGGUCCCGAUUCUUCUCAGACCCAAAGUUUGACAGCGGAAUGAAGCACUUUCUCGAAUGUGUUCGCCAGUUCAAGGACAAUGUCGAUUCGCAUGAUCCGCACUUCAAGCUGCCGUAUGCCGUCAACGCGGACGGGACAAUCAGCGACGGGAAGCAGAACCUCUCCAUAUGCAUGCAGAACAACACGGAGGAGAACUGGACCAAGGCCCUCAAGUUCAUGCUCACCAACCUCAAGUGGUGCCUCGCGUGGAUGUGCAAGCAGAUGGCGUCGUGAGCAGCAAUCACCCAUGCAGUGGGUGGAGGAGUGAUGAUGGUGGAGGGGCGUUACUGUGAUGGCUUUGGUUUGUUGGCAUGUUCACAGGUUUGUGGUGUUGCUGCUGCAAGCGCUUCGCCUCAAAUGACGUGUUGUUUCUGUUAUAAACUUUAAUUGAAGUGGAACUCGC